CUUUUUACCCCCUCAAGGGCUUAAUGUACCUGUCUUUAUCCUUUAACUCACGUCUUGCGCUUCCAGCAGCAGGCGUCUUUAUGAAGUCUUUAAAGCUUUCCAUUCUCGAUUUAAGGUCAUCAAACUUGAAGUCGCUCCCCAAUGACACUCUAGAAUGGAGUCCAAAUAUAGAUACUUUAUAUCUGUUCGACAACCGGCUCUCCUUCAUCAAUAUAAGUUCAUGUGGCAUGGCCGAAACUGUGAGCAUGCGUGGUAAUCGACUAAAACACCUUACGGUCAGAGAUUUCACCUUUGUGUGCCACACUGAUACUCUAGAUCUGAGACAAAACCAUAUCAAAUCAGUAGACCCUCAAGUGAUCGCAUCACUACAUGUUCGCUCUUUGGUGCUAGGUGGCUACCCUUUGAGUGAUGAGGUGUUGGCGAACAUCGUCCUCGGAAUCUCAAAAUCAGACAUCGAAGAGCUUACUAUCCUGAAAGGUUCGGUUGACUACUGCGAUAUUAUAGAUCUACAUCCUCUUGUCUUCUCGGGGUUGGAAUCGCUUGAGACGUUGAGUUUGAAAGGAAACAACAUCCAGCAUAUUCAUGAUGAUGUAUUGUCGGGGUUGGGUCAAAUAGAAAGUAUCAACUUCGAAGGAAAUCGUAUCGCGUACUUGGAGGAGUUAAUGUUCUCAAAUAAUUGGAAGCUCACAAAUCUUUCAUGGGCCAACAACAGAUUAACGCGACUUAAUCAAAGCACUUUCAAGCCGAUCUUUUCCUCCAUUUUAUUACUUGAUCUAUCAACGAACCCAAUUGAUUGUAACUGUAAAAUGGAGUGGCUUAUUGAUUGGUUAAAUGAACCUAUACGCCUGAAAAACAAGAACGAAACUAUUUGUUCGUCAGCAUCUCUGGAGCCUCUUCGUGAGAAACCCCUGCUUGAUUUUGAUCCAAAUAAACUCUGCAUAAUAAACAAUAGUCUCUCUCUGAUUCCCCUCGUCUCCAUUAGCUUGGUUGUAAUCAGCGUCCUGCUGUUUCACUACCGAUGGCAGUUGAGGUACAAACUCUAUCUCUUGAAACUUGCCGUACUGGGAUUUAAAGAGAUGCGAGACGCUCGAGACCACAAUGACUACGAGUUUGACGUGAACAUCGUUUUCUACGACGAUGACGAAGAUGACGAAGAAUGGAUUCGCGAACAGCUUCGACCAGCUCUCGAAGAACGGCUUCCACAGUUUCAGAGGAACGUCUAUGGUGACCAAGACCUUGUGUUGGGUAUGCAUUACUUAGAUUCCGUCCAUUACGUGGUGAGCCAUAGUUACAAGACCAUCGUAGUGCUUAGCAGAGCUGCUGUGCAAGACCACUGGUUCAUACUCAAGUUCCGUACGGCCAUGGACCACGUGAGUGACACUCUGACGGAAUUCGUAGUCGUGGUUUUCCUCGAAGACAUCCCAGAUGAUGAAAUGCCAUUCUUGGCGAGAUUGUACCUCAGUGAUGACAGGCCCUAUAUCCACUGGACUGAGGACGUGAGAGGACAAGAUUAUUUCUGGGAUAAAUUGACCACAAAUCUGACCAUUAAUCUAAAGACAAAUGUCUUGAUCCCAAACAAGUAGCAGUCAUGUAGGAAUAUAGAGA